AUGCCUAACCCAGCUACACCCAAGAAGGUGCUCUGCACUUUUCCUGACUGCCCUCGCCGCUUCAACACCGUCGAGGAGAUGAAGAAACACAAGAGCUGCGCCCCCGAACACGAAUACUGCACCCGCUGCGACGAAGACUUCGAGAACGAGGAACGACACCUCAUCCACAAGAUCAAAAGCAACAAGCACAUCGUCUGUCCCAUCUGCGGCGUUGACUUUCGAAGUGAGGGAGGGCGUGACGGACACAUUCGCCAGUACCACCGCGCCGAGCAAACCCUGACCUGCUAUGGCUGCAAAGCUCUCUUCAAGACCGCCGGCGGCCUUAUGCGCCACAUCGAAGAUGACGAGUGUCCCGAGAUCACCAAGAGACGUCUCCUGGAGGAAAGAUCGAAGAAGAUUAUGAUCAAGCAGGCUCUCGGAAGUGGCGUGGGCUCGCCGCUGCCCAUCCUACCCCGUCCAGGCGAUUUGGACGACGUCGACGGCGGCGUCAAGGUGAAUCCUCUGGAGUACGACAACCGCGAGGCGAUGGCAAACCAGCCGAAGCCUGGCGAUGAUGGCUCAGCUAUAUUGCCGCAGAAGCACUGGCCAGAGCUCAAGACGGCUGCCAAAGCCAGGGCAACGGAUAACCCCACACCUGCUGACCUGAUGGCGUUCUCUGAGCUUGCCAUCACGGACAAAGCCGGGAAUGGAGACUGGAAGGGCAAAGGGAGACUCAUAGCAAUUCCGGAAUCCGAGAGGGAGAAAGACGAGAAUGAGCGUCCCUUUGGAGUGGGAGCCCCGGAUGCUGGCCAGAUCUUGCGCUUUCUGCAGCACAACUGGGACCCGACCAACUUUUUCGACUCGUACAGCGGCGAAUUCGUCUGUCCUUGCAGAGCACGCUUCAAGACCAUAAAGGUGUUUGAGGAGCAUAUGUUGAUGAAAAGUCAGGGCGCAAGAGGCAUGGAGUGUCCCGGAUGUCAUCGUAUCUUCAAGACCACCGCGGCUUUGGUUGCUCACUGCGAGUCGAGCACCAAAAGAUGCCAUAUCAACGCUAACUCGCGAUACAGUCAGAUCAUUGACGAGGUGAGCGCCGGCGUCAUUCAGGCGGCGGGCUAUAUGCCAGAUGGAACUGUGAAAUAUGAGGCUGGAAAACUGGAAUUGACCAAGACGACCACUAUCGGCGUUGACCUUGAAAAAAACAAGUGGUAG